AAUAUAUCUUUAGACUUGUCUCGGCAAAUUCUGGGGCAUCGCUCGUUGCCAGCGAGAUGGAGCACAUGGACGCCGACCACCCCGGCGAACGAUGCGACGCCGCGCAGGGGAACGCCCCGGGAGCGGUCUCUCCGCCGCUGGGCACCGUAGCAGCCUCCGGCGGAGUCGGCGGUGCGGGCGUCCAGGAGAACGCGUGGAGUUUCCUCGCUUUGGCCCGCCAGCUCGUCGAUCGGGGCGAGCCUUCCCUCGCUCUACAAGCGGUACUUGCAGCAAUCAGAUCGGGUGGCGGAGAACAAGCAGUGUUUGAAAUUCUGCAUCGGGCACGUGAGCUAUACCGCAAUCGAUUGCAAACGGAUGCUGCAGCAGACGAGUUGGCCUCAUUGUUCGCAGAAUGUGCUAUUGCAGAAGCACAAGGACCAGUGAGGUCGUCCAACAAUCCCCCAUUGGCGCCUCUUCAUGUUGGCCCUUCGAUUCCGCUAGAUUCUGAAGGGAGAUCUUUCCUCGCUAUGUCCGGGAGGCAGCAGGUUAUGCUGGAUGCAUUCGCAGACGGGAGCAGUUUUGUGUGUCUCAAGUGUGGCGGUCUGGUUAGCACUAAUCGCAAAGACGAACAUUUUGCGUACUGGUGUAGCUAGAUUCGCUCGGUGUCGUUGCACACGUGUACUUAUAUUGAGAAGUAUGAUAUUGAUCAUUAUCGCGGAGAAGAGUGUGAUCCUCAUCUAAAUGCAGUUCUUUAGUACAAGAGAGGUUCUCAGAUGGAUUGGAUCGAAACAUGUGAUUGUCUGCGUGAAUCUUUCUCAUGGAUUGGAUCUGAAAGAUGUAUUCGAAUUCAUGACUAUGUAAUAUUGCGUUUAUGUAUAAGGAAUCAAAUAAUUAUUGUUGAGAGGUAUAAA